UACGAAAAUUUGGCCAGGGAAAAAUGGCUUUACCCCGCAGGUGUAUUCUUAACAGCCCUGUUAGUAUAUUAUUUGUUGCACAUCGAUAAAACACCAAUCACGGGCAGGAGGCGCUUUAUUUCAUUCGAAAGGCAGCAUUCCAUUGAACUGGCCGAGCUGCAGGCAGAGAUGAUCAAGAAAAUGUUCGAAGACGAUCGAUACAACGACAACGACCCACCGGCCAAAAGGGUGAGGACUGUGGCGCACAAGCUCAUAACAUCGAACCAAGAUCUGGGAAAUGUUGGCGACUGGGAGAUCCAUGUGAUCAAGAACGAAAAUCGCAAUGCGUUCGUACUGCCGAGCGGUCACAUUUUUGUAUUCAGUGGUCUCCUCAAAGUGGCGAAUAACGAGAACCAGCUCGCCAUCGUGCUCGGCCACGAGAUGUCACACGCUGUCUUGGAUCAUGGCGCAGAAUCAAUGAGCAUGCGCAACUUCACGGACGACAUAUUCAUCGUUUGUCUUUUCUUCAUUUGGUGCAUGUCCCCAUCAUAUCUCAAAGGAGUGGCAUUGUCGUGGUUUUGUCAUAGUUUGUUCGACUUCCUGCUGAAGCCGUUGAGCAGAAUGCAGGAGACUGAAGCAGACAAAGUGGGUAUGAUGUUUGCUUCCAGGGCCUGCUAUGACUACAGGGAAGGAGCGGUGUUCUGGGAGAAGAUCGCCAAAAUAGAAAGUGCAUUGGAGAAUUUCACCAUUCCGGAAUGGCUCGGCACGCACCCGGACAGUUCGAAGAGAGCCAAGCAGAUGAACAGUUUGGAAGAUAAGGCGGUAGAUUGGAGGAAAGAAAAUGCACUGUGCGUACCCGCGCAUGUCAAGGAGGUUAAGAAAUGAUAAAAGAAAGCCUCGU